AUGGCCUCCACGACAUAUGCCGAUUUCAACGAAACGACCGAAGGCAUUGACGUCGCCAAAUCUUUUUCCGACAGAAUAUCUGGAAAAACAAUUCUUGUCACUGGUGUCAACCUUGGUGGAGUCGGUUUUUCAACAGCACAGGCGUUUGCCUCUCAAUUGCCAGCCCACCUUAUCAUCGCUGGUCGGAACCCAUCAAAGGUUGAGGAGUGUCUGAAAGCCCUUCGAGCAGAGUUUCCCGGUGUGGAAUGCCGUGGUUUAGAAAUCGAUCUAUCAACUCAGCAAUCCGUACGCAGUGCAGCGGAACGCGUCAUGACUUGGGAAGAUAUCCCUGCUGUCGACAUUGUUGUCAACAAUGCUGGUGUCAUGGGUAUCCAAGAACGAACCUUGUCUCAGGAUGGUAUCGAAAUGCAUUUCGCCACGAACCAUAUCGGCCACUGGCUUUUUACAUGUCUUAUCAUGCCGAAGCUGAUCAAAUCCGCUGAGAGCCGAUCGGAAGGAAUAGCACGAGUCGUGAACGUGACAUCUGCCUCUCCUACGGUAUCAGGGAUGCGCUGGAGUGACUUGAAUUUUGAUGCCACGAACAGGACUCUCCCCGAGGAUGAGCAGCCGCAAUAUGAGUGGUUCAAGGCUUGGGGAUAUAAUGAUUUGGAGAAUCAAUCUUACAACCCUCUCGAUGGCUACAACCGUAGUAAGGUGGCGAAUCUUCUAUCGGCAAUUUGUAUGAAUCAACGCCUCUUCGAGAAGCACGGUGUCCUCUCCAUAGCGGUACACCCAGGGCUCAUUGAAACUGAGCUGGGUCGCAACUUUCCCUCCAGUACGCUGGAGGCCAUCCAAGUCCUGAAAAGGCAGGGGUUCUUCAAUUACAAAACGUUGGGCGCGGGGGCCUCAACCAGCGUGGUUGCUGCACUAGACCCAGCAUUGGCAAAGGGCGUGGGGUCUAGUAGGGGCGGCUGUAUGAAUUGGGGGUCUUAUCUGAUGGACUGUCAGAUUAGCGACAAAGCCUCGCCACUCGCAGUGUCCAGCGAUGGAGCUGAGAGACUUUGGAAGCUAUCCGAAGAGCUAGUUGGUCAGGUCUUUAUUUGGUAA